UUUUUCUCUCUUAAACCCUAAACCUCUGUAAAAAUCUCCCAUUUUUUUCUUCUCCUCCUCCUAAUGCUUCGAUUAACCCUUAAAUCACCCCUAAAAUCUCGAUUACUCUCCUCUCUCCGCCACCCUAAACCCUCUUUCUCUACCGCUAACCUCGCCGUCGACCACCCUGAACCACCACCACCAACUACCACAACCACCAGAGCUGCAGUUUCAAGAAUCUUCAACUUUUUUCUCCAAAAUCAUUGCACUAAAGGCUCCGCAAAGCUUUUACGAGGUGACCCGUGUUUUAAAAUUUUAAUCUUUGAGCUGAAUUCAUCGGAAAUAGAAGACAUUGUUGAGAAACUGAGUUUUGAAAAUUCUGAAUCUGCCCUUGAGUUCUUCUUCUUAUUGAGAAAUGAUUAUGGGUUUAAUCAUUCCAGAGCUUCACACAUUGCUGUUGCUCAUGUUUUGGCUAAAAAACAGAGGUUUAGAGCUUUGAAGAUUCAUUUACAACAUUUGGUUCAACAAGAAGGCUUUGGUUCAGCUCAUUCGAUAUGCGAGCUGCUUUUGAUUUGCUUUCAGAAAUGGGACUCUAAUCAUGUUGUCUGGGAUGUGCUAGUUUCUGCUUAUUCCCAUUGUCAGAUGGUUGAUGAUGCUCUCUUUGUUUUUGCAAAGAUGAAAGAUUUCGAUAUCCAGGCUUCGGUAUUUACGUACAAUAAUUUGUUGUAUAAUUUGAGGCACACUGAUUACAUCUGGGAUGUUUACUAUGACAUGAUAGCCAGUGGGAUAAACCCGAGCGAGUAUACUAAUUCCAUUCUUAUAGAUGGUCUGUGCAAACAAUUCUUGAUUCAAAAAGCAGUUAAUUUUGUCCGAGGGACUGAAUGUCGAGAGUUUGAGCCUUGUGUUGUGUCUUUCAAUGCUCUUAUGUCGAGUUCAUGUAAAAUGGGUUCUGUAGAUGUUGCUAAGUCAUUCUUUUGUAUGAUGUUUAAGUGUGGAUUUUAUCCCAAUGUAUAUAGUUACAAUAUUCUCAUUCACGGAUUAAGUGUGGCGGGUGCAAUGGAAGAAGCAUUGGAGUUCAUAGAUGAUAUGAAGAAACAUGGUUUAGAGCCUGAUUUGGAAACUUAUAACGUCCUUGCCAAAGGAUUUCAUUUGCUUGGUAUGAUGAAUGGUGUCCGGAAGUUCAUUAAUGAAAUGCUUCGUAAAGGCAUGAAUCCUGAUAUUUUCACAUAUACAAUGUUGAAUUGUGGAUAUUGCAAAGAAGGUAAUAUUGAUGAGAAGAGUAUUAAGUUGAGAGAGGAGAUGUUUUCAAAGGAGGGGGUCCAUGCUAGUGCUAUCUCAAACAACAUGUUACUAAGCAGUUUGUGUAAAAGCGGACAUUUAGAUGAAGCUUUGAAUUUGUUCCAUGAGAUAGAGAGCAGCGGUCGUAAACUGGAUCAUAUCAUGUACUCGAUUCUCAUUCAAGGCCUUUGUAAGCAAGGAUUGGUUGAUAUGGCUUUUCAAUUGUACAAAGAUAUGUGUUGUAAGAGAAUUAUUCCAAAUAUUGUUGCUCAUAGAUCUAUUCUCAAAAGCUUCUGUGAGAAAGGGUACAUAUAUGAGGCAAGAGUUCUGUUUGACGCUUUAAUAGAUUGCAACUUAAUAGAUGAUAUUUUUUUGGUUAAUAUUAUGAUUGACGGAUAUGCAAAACUUGGUGACAUCGGUGAGGUUGUUCAGGUAUACGAACUAAUAACAGGGAAAGGAAUAACCCCAAGCAUAGCUACAUUCAAUUCCUUAAUAUAUGGGUUCUGCAAAGCCAGAAAGUUAGAUGAUGCAAGAAAGUGGGUUGACACUAUAUGUGCACAUGGGUUGAUACCAUCAGCGAGGACGUACACAACUCUUAUGAAUGCCUAUGGUGAAGAAGGGAAAAUGCAAACCGUUUUUGAAUUGCUAGACGAAAUGAAAGCAAGGUGCAUAGAACCAACUCAUGUUACUUACACAGUGAUAAUGAAAUGCCUCUGUAAAAGAAGGCAGAUUCAUGAGUCUGUCCAGAUACUAAAGACUAUGUUACCGGAUGAUUUUCAGCGUGAUGAAGUUUUUUACAACACCAUUAUUAAAAGUUUAUGUGAAGCUCACGAUAUGGAAGGCGCUUGCAAAUUAUAUAAAGAGAUGGCGGUGCACGAACUUCAGCCAAGUCGUGUCACGUACAACAUUCUCCUUAAUGGUUAUUGUACACAUGGAGAGCUAAAGGAUGCGGAGGAACUAUUUUCUAAACUCCAAGAUGUUGGCCUGAUGAAAUGUGAUUACACCAUUCUAAUAAAAGCACAUUGUGCAAAAGGAUCAGUGCAUAAGGCAGUGGUUCUGUUCCAAAAGAUGAUUGAGAAGGGCUUUGAAAUCUCUAUUAGAGAUUAUAGUGCUGUGAUUAAUAGGUUGUGCAAAAGAAACUUACUAGCUGGCGUAGAUAUUUUUCUGCGUAUGAUGUUGUUUCAUGGCAUAUCUGUUGAUUCACAGAUUUGUUUUGUUAUGCUUAACAGUUUCCGUGAUCACAAUUCUGUGUUCCAGUUGGCCUCUUUGAUGAUUAAGUGUGGGUUAGAUACUGACUCUAAUUGUGGCUAAGUGUACGAGACACCAAUUCAGGAUGAUUAUUGUGCUCUGCUGCAAUAUAUGAACUUCUUGGUUCAUGUGUGGUUAAGUGUACGAGAAACCAAUUCAAGAUGAUUAUUGUGCUCUGCUGCAAUAUGUGAGCUUCUUGGUUCAUGUGAUGUUACGAGAGAAGUUCGUAGAAGUUGUAACUUGAUUUUAUAAGUUAUAUGGACUUGAUAGAUGAGGUCAUAGGGAAAUUAUGUCCUCCGACGAAACACAUUUUGUGUGGAGAAAAGACAGAGGACUUCGGCAUCUGUAAGAAAAGUUAACAGAUGCUCAGAAACAUAUAGGCAGCUGUCCUUUCGGAUCCUAGCCAAUAGGGGCACGCGAAUUGUACGACUGCUGGAGCUGUUACGGCUUGAGUUCUUGGAGAUCAUUCAUGGCAUGAUUUGUAGCUCUUGCUUAAAGACUGCUCCAUAUUACCUUCUUUUUGGCAAACUUGCAUAUUUUCUUUGCAACUGAUAUAAGCUAUAGAAAAGAAGAGACAUCUAAACAAGUCCCACUAUAAAUGUACUGAGUUAGUAUAGUGUCAAUCUAUGUUGCUCAGACUCUUCGAUAGGUGCGUGUCGGAUUUGAAGGAUCCAUCACGGGUGCGGCAACAUUUUUGGAGCAACUUAGGUGUCAAUCAGCCUAUCUGAUGCCUGUUAUGCUUGCUUGAUAGAAUCAUCUAUGCUUAACAGUUGCUUUAAUUUGUUGCUGAAAGUGAAUCAAUAAAACUUUUUGAGUGGCAG